AUGACGAUUGUCCAUGACCCUCGCAAAGAAAAAGACAAACAGGAACCCAAGAGAUGGAGCAAAUUUGUGCCCAAGAAUGACAACAAAGAGUCAAUGAAUGUUAAUGUGUCGCCUGUAAAGUUCACUCCAAAGGAGCGUAAGAAGCAAAGUGUUGAAGUUGUCGCUCUUAAAGAAGUGAGGAAAGAGAAUGUUGCAAAUUUUAUCCGAGUGAAUAUCAUCUAUCGCUUUGGCAUCCCUCGCUACAUAAUAAUAGACAAUGGCAAGCCAUUUGAUAACAAGUUAAAGAACAAAAUUUGUGAUCUCUUUGGCUUCGAGCAAUGUAAAUCUUCUAUUUAUCAUGCUGCCGCCAAUGGCCUUGUUGAAGCAUUGAAUAAAAAUUUAUGCAAACUCCUCAAAAAAGUUGUCUCCAAGUCCAAACGAUAUUGGCAUGAAAUAAUGGAAGAAGCUUUGUGGGCAUAUAGGACGACGUACCGCACUCCAACUCAAGCAACACCAUAUUCACUUGCUUUUGGAGUUGAAGCAGUCCUUCCACUUGAGUGUCAAAUACCUUCCUUAAGACUUGCUAUUCAAGAAGGGCUCACUAAAGAAGAAAAUGCUCGACUGCAUCUUGGUGAGUUAGAAGAACUUGAUGAAAAAAGGCUAGAAGCCCAAUAA